AUGGGAGAUUCGAUCCGAUCCGAUCAACUCAGAGCGGAGGAUAUACUACAUAGCUUAUCGCGAACCACUGCUGCCAUGUCGCCUGUCAAUGCCCUGAAAGUGCUUUCGAUCGUCUUCCCGCUGCUGCAAGGGGUGCGGGCGGGACUCAAUCUGAACUCUGCGAGCAAUGUUGCUGUUUACUGGGGUCAGAACUCCUACGGACAGUCGACUGGUGAAUAUGUGCAGCAGCGUCUGUCCUAUUAUUGUCAGAACAGUGACAUCGAUGUCUUUCAAAUCUCCUUCCUGACCAGGAUCAACGGCGCCGGAGGAGUCCCCGAAGUCAAUUUCGCCAAUGCCGGGAACAACUGCACUACCUUCCCAGGGACUUCUCUCCUGAACUGUCCUCAGAUCGCCGAAGACAUCCAAGAUUGCCAAAAAGCCGGCAAAACUAUCCUCCUCUCCAUCGGCGGCGCCACCUACACCGAAGGCGGUUUCUCCAGCGAAGCGGCCGCCAUCUCUGGCGCGCAACUCCUCUGGGAGACCUUCGGUCCCGUCAGCAACAGCGCUGCAUCGCGUCCUUUCGGCAACGCCGUGAUCGACGGCUUCGAUCUCGACUUCGAAGCCACCGUCAACAACAUGCCUGCAUUCGCUAACCAGCUCCGUUCUCUGUACGCUAAAGAUUCUAGCAAAUCUUACUAUCUCACUGCCGCCCCGCAAUGCCCGUACCCGGACGCCGCUAAUAAUGCGAUGCUUAAUGGCGCGGUCGCCUUCGACGCCAUCUGGAUCCAGUUCUACAAUAACUACUGUGGUCUGCAAUCAUACGUGCCUGGGUCAUCGACGCAGAAUAACUUCAACUUCGCGACGUGGGAUAACUGGGCUAAGAGUACCUCCCGGAACAGCAAAGUGAAGGUCUUCCUGGGCAUCCCUGGGAAUACUGGUGCUGCGGGGUCUGGGUACCAGUCUUUGGACAGGGUGAAGGAGAUCAUUGGCUAUGUGAAACAGUUUAGCAGCUUUGGGGGCGUGAUGAUCUGGGAUGCGAGUCAGGUGUUUGCGAAUGGGGGCUUCUUGAAUGGUGUGAAGGGAGCACUCGGAGGGUCGGUGGCUGAGGCUGCGAAGUCUGUUUCGCAGAGUACGCGCAAGACCGAGAAUGAGGGGUUUAUGACUUUGGCGAGGGCUGAGAAGCCGUUGGGAACGGGGAUUUGA